CUCGUGCUGUCCUCGCCGUGCACGCGCGUGGUACCCACGGUCGUGAGGAGGAGGAGGAUGUUGCGCGCGAAGGGGAAAUGGCUGCCGAAAACAAGCCGGAAGGACUGAAGAAAAUUCGUAAUCCGGAUCGAAUGUACAGAUCAGCUGUGUGUUAUGCCGGCCAUGCUCCUCCUAAGAGUAUCAGUGAUGACACAGAGAUGAACAAUGAACAUGGACAUUUGAAAAUAUACCUGCCCAAAAAGCUGCUUGAAUGUCUACCAAAAUGCUCGUCGCUGCCAAAGGAGAGACACAGGUGGAACACCAAUGAGGAGAUUGCAGCUUACUUGAUAACAUUUGAAAAGCAUGAGGAAUGGCUAACGACGUCCCCUAAAACAAGGUAA